AAUUUUGAGCGCAAGACUUGCAGAAAAUGCGUCCAUUUUGUUUAUUUUCUAAUGUGGAAAGUGUAGUGUCGGCAUCGCGAUAAAUAGAAAGAAUAAGGGCCGAUGGACUUGGAAAAGCGCUUAAAAUUCCUUGCGAGUCGUUUAACAUAAUAUUAUAUAUGUCUGUUGUGCGUGCCCCUCGGACAGAGGGUUUAAAAUUUAGCAGACAUUGGGCGCAUUGCAAGUAAGCACUUUGUCAAAUUGACUGGUUUGUCCGGCACUAAAAAUAAUCCGCAACACAACAACAACAUCGCCAAUCGCGGUGACGCAGCGGCUGCGGACAAAGAACAACACGCGAACGCGAAAAAAACUAAGAGUGCUCAGGCGGCCAACGCGAAUCACGGACCCGUGCCCCAGGACCCGCAGCCCCCAGCUAUGAACCACGUGACCGGGCAGCUAUUCCGCACCGCCAGGGAGGAAGAGGCCCCGCAGACCAACGUCAGCGAAGUCGAGGAAAUGGAGACCCAAGAAGACAACAUCACAGACACUGGUGGGGGUGAGAUGGACCACAGUCAAAAUGGCGAGGUAAUGAUUGGUCCGCAACCCGAUCCGAACAUGAUAGUGCAAGAUAUAGACGUCGAGGAGGACGAGGCGAGGUCCGAGGCCAUUUUCAAGUACACAGUUACUCAAUUCAGCAAGCUUAAGGACUCAGUGCUCUCUACUCCGUGCCACGUCCGAAACCUGCCAUGGAAGAUAAUGGUGAUGCCGCGCAACGGGCACACGCAGGACCGUUCCGCGCAGCGUUCGUUGGGUUUCUUCCUGCAGUGCAACGGCGAGAGCGAGUCGAGCUCUUGGUCGUGCUACGCGGUCGCCGAACUCCGCCUCUUGUCGGUGCGACCCGACAUCGAGCCGUUCUCGCGCAAGAUACAGCACCUGUUCUACUCGAAGGAGAACGACUGGGGAUUCUCGCACUUCAUGGCUUGGAACGACGUUCUCGACCCCGAAAAGGGCUACAUCAAGGACGACAGCAUCACGUUGGAGGUGCACGUCACCGCGGACGCGCCGCACGGCGUCUCGUGGGACAGCAAGAAGCACACGGGCUACGUCGGCCUGAAGAACCAGGGCGCGACGUGCUACAUGAACUCGCUGCUGCAGACUCUCUACUUCACCAACCAGCUGCGCAAGGCGGUCUACAAGAUGCCCACCGAGUCGGACGACUCGACGAAAUCCGUCGCUCUGGCUUUGCAGCGCGUCUUCCACGAAUUACAGUUCUGCGACAAGCCCGUCGGCACCAAAAAACUCACCAAGAGCUUCGGCUGGGAGACGCUGGACUCCUUCAUGCAGCACGACGUCCAGGAGUUCCUCAGAGUGCUGCUGGACAAGUUGGAGAGCAAAAUGAAGGGCACCUGCGUCGAGGGUACCGUUCCCAAGUUGUUCGAAGGGAAGAUGAACUCCUACAUUCGUUGCAAGAACGUGGAUUACUCCAGCACGCGCACCGAGACCUUCUACGACAUCCAGCUCAACAUAAAGGGGAAGAAAAACAUCGACGAGUCGUUCAAGGACUACAUCGCCAAGGAGACGCUCGACGGCGACAACAAGUACGACGCGGGCGAGCACGGUUUGCAGGACGCCGAGAAGGGCGUCAUAUUCUCCGCGUUUCCGCCCGUACUGCACCUGCACCUGAUGCGCUUCCAGUACGACCCGAUCACCGACAGCUCGGUCAAGUUCAACGAUCGCUUCGAGUUCUACGAGAAGAUCUCGCUCGACACGUACCUGCACGAAACGGACCGCACGAACCCGGCCGACUACACGCUGCACGCCGUGCUCGUGCACAGCGGCGACAACCACGGCGGCCACUACGUCGUCUUCAUCAACCCCAGAGGCGACGGUAAGUGGUGCAAGUUCGACGACGACGUCGUCUCGAAGUGCACCAAGCAAGAGGCGAUCGAGCACAACUACGGCGGACACGACGAAGACAUGAACAUGACCGUCAAACACUGCACCAACGCCUACAUGUUGGUGUACAUACGCGAUUCGGAGUUGCACAACGUGUUGCAAGAGGUGACCGAAAACGACAUACCCAGCGAGCUGGCCGACCGGCUCGCCGAAGAGAAGCGCAUGGAGCAGGUGCGCCGCAAGGAGCGCAACGAGGCCCACCUCUACAUGACCAUCAACGUUCUGCUGGAGGAUUCCUUCGACGGGCACCAAGGCAACGAUCUGUACGACCCGGAGCGCGCCCUCUUCCGCGUCUUCAAGAUCAAGAAGCUCGCCACCAUCGCCGAGAUGAUGGAGAUGCUCGCUGACGCCUUCAAGUACCCGCCCGAGCAGAUCAGGCCGUGGCCCUUCAGUCAGAGGUCGAACCAGACGCUGCGGCCGAGCACUUUGGACCUGGAGGCCGACCUGCACAAGACGGUGAUCGACGCGGCGGAAACGUCGAAUCCGUGGCACGUUUUCCUCGAGCUGCUGCCGCCGGACAGCGGCGCGCAGGCUCUGCCCACCUUCGACAAGGAGACCGACGUGCUGCUCUUCUUCAAGAUGUACGACCCGAAGCAGAAGAAGAUCCACUACUGCGGGCACAGCUAUCUGCCGGUCACCAGCAAGCUGAGCGAUCUGAUACCGCUGCUGAACGAGCGCGCAGGUUUCCCGCGCAGGCAGGAGCUGCUGCUCUACGAGGAGAUCAGGCCGAACAUGAUCGAGAAGAUCACCAACUUCAACGACCCGCUGGAAAAGGUUUUGGAAGAGCUGAUGGACGGCGACAUAAUAGUUUUCGAGAAGGACGAGCGCAUGGACAUGUCGGAGAUCUCGGACCUGCCCACCUGCAUAGACUACUUCAAGGACCUGUUCUACCGCGUCGAGGUGACCUUCGUGGACAAGUGCAUCCCGAACGACACCGGCUUCACCAUGGAGCUGUCGCAGCGCAUGACCUACGACCAGUUCGCGCGCGCCGUGGCGCAGCGCGUCGGCACCGACCCCUGCCUGCUGCAGUUCUUCAAGUGCCAAAGCUACAAGGACACUCCGGGGCACCCGCUGCGCUGCACGUUCGAGGGCACCCUCAAGGACCUGCUCGUGUACUCUAAGCCGAAGGUGCCGAAGAAGAUCUUCUACCAGCAGCUGAGCAUCAGGGUGAGCGAGCUGGAGAACAAGAAGCAGUUCAAGUGCAUGUACGUCGGGCCGAAGAUGAAGGAGGAGAAGGAGCUGAUUUUGUAUCCGAACAAGGGGGGCACGGUGGCCGACCUGCUCGAGGAGGCCAAGAAGCAGAUCGAGUUCACGGAGGACAGUACUGGAAAGUUAAGGAUAACCGAGGUGAAUUGCAACAAGGUGACGAUGGGGCCGAAGGACGACACGCCGCUGGAAAACUUGACGGGCACGUCGGCCAAGGUGUACAGGAUCGAGGAGGUGCCGCGCGAGGAGCUGCACCUGCAGGAGGACGAGAUGCUAGUGCCGUGCGCGCACUUCCAGAAGGAGGUCUUCUCCACCUUCGGCAUCCCCUUCCUGAUCAAGAUCAAGCAGGGCGAACCCUUCGCCAGAGUCAAAGAACGAAUCCAAAAGAAGUUGUCCGUGCCCGAGAAGGAGUGGGAGAAGUUUAAAUUCUCCAUCGUCGCGAUGGGCCGGGCUCAAGUGAUCCAAGAGGACGAGUACGUCGUCAGCCUGAACGAUUUCAGACCGCUCCAGAGUCAAAGCGGCAGCCCCAAGCCCUGGCUGGGCCUGGACCACGUGAACAAGGCCCCCAAGCGCUCGCGAUUCAACUACCUGGAGAAGGCGAUCAAAAUCUACAACUGAGACUGGGAUUGAAAAGGUUCGACACACUCAUUCAAAAUGUAACGUUAAUUUUUUCACUACAAAAACACAAAAACUAUCGCAGACAGACAAACAAAAAUAACAAACAAAAAACCCUGCGCGUCGGACGAAUCUUUGUGGUUAUGUUUUAUACUAAUCGUAAUGGUGUGAGAUGCUUUUUGUUGUGUGCUUUCUCGGGCACAGUGUUACUAUUUGCAAAAACACCACAUUGUACAUAAUAUUGUAUUUGACAGAAUAAAAUAUUGUCUAUCUGUUUAGGAUAUAUACACACAAAAAAAAUAACCACCUGUUAAUUAUUUCUUUAAAUUGUAGUUUGUUUUUUUUCAACUGCUAGUUACACAUUUGAAUAAUAAUAAUAAUAAUAAUUGUUUAAAUUAGAUGUAUACUUUUUAUUUUAUUUAUGGUUCGGAUGUUGAUUUCCCCCCCUUUUAUCUUUUUUCAUCAUUGCCUCGGUGCCCAAAAAUCAUCUAAAAUAACCUUCCUCGUUGAUAUUCGAUUGGAUUUGCGACUUUACUUUCCAGAAAAUUUUACAUUUCUCAAAAUUCUCGCGACAAAACGAAAAUUGCCGAAACGGCGCCCAACAACAUUUCAUCGCGAUACAGUCGACAGAUGGCGCCACAAGUUCGCCAAAAUCGGACAAAAAUCGAUGACGUUUUUGCAUAGCAAAAACCGAACCUGAUUUCCGGCGGAAAGGUAAGUCGCAACUUCCGGAAACGCUCCCAGAACUGCGGACAGGGUAUAGAAAAAUCUCCGAGAGAUACAUUUUUUGUAUAUGACUUUUUAAAUCAAGUUAUUCGUUGCAGCCUUAUUUAGUUUACUGAUACUUAUAAGAAUGUGUGAAUUAAUUGUAAAUAUUAUUAAAUACCAGAAGCAAUGUAUUAAAUGUGUUCUGUAACUUGUUUUUUUAUUAUUAUACCACGCACUUUAUUACUACGUAUAUUUAUUGUUAUAAAACCAAAUACUUUAUUAUUAUAAGUACCUACAUAAAACAAAAUUAUUUUAGAUGUUUUUUCUUUUUAAAUGGAGGUCGUUUUUAUUUUCUCUUCUCUUGCAAACUACUAACAAUAUUUUUCUAUAUAUAUUAAUUAAUUAAAUGGAUUAUAAGAAGUUUUAUGUAUGCUCAUUUUCAAGAGGAAUUUUCGCUUGUACAAAAUUUUGUAUUAGAUUUAUAUUAUGAUGUAAUUUAUUGCCAAUUCUGUAUAUUUCGUAUAAAUCUUAAUGAAAAAAAAUCUGCUUAGAGUAAUGCAAUAAAUAAGUAAAAAAACAGGGUUUUUCACUUUUUACCCCUCUCUUAAUAUAACCAAUUUUUAUGACUUCCACUGUACCUCACUAGAUGUUUCAUCAUUAAAAUAUUGUAGCAAUAAUUGGUGCAAAUAUGAUGGAAUUUUGAUGGUGC